CUUACAAACUACAAGAUUCAUGCGUGUUUUAAGUGUGCCUUCACCCACUCCGUAUCCCUACUAGGAUACUCAGACAUGAAGCUCCGCACAAUACUGAGACCGGGCCCUCAUGGGUGCUUACAGCCUUCGGAGCAGAGUUUCACAAGGCUGAAUACUGAACUAAAGCGGCAUCAACUUGCCAAGCCAACGCGUUCUCCGGACCUUUGGGUAUGCUACGCGCUGGAUUCUCAUUUGCGCUUGCAAGAGGACCAUGGAUCCUGCGCUGGUUGAAAGCCUCAUUUGAUCAGCUGAGAUGUUUGGCCAACCUGCCUCAAGCCAAGGAGGCUCCAACAGCCUCUUCUCUGGCCUCAAUCUGAACACAGGUACAACCGAUGCGCAGGGUAAACGAAAAUCCAUCUUUGAUGCUUCCACCUCGCAACAAACAUCGCAACCAUUCAGUUUCCCUAGCCUCAAUACCAACACUACAACAAACAACACAAGCAAUACGUCCGGCGGUCUGUUUAAUCUCGGUGCUCCGCCAAAAACAUCAGGCCCCUCUUUUUCUUUUGGAACGAGCACUACGACCUCUGCGCCAUCAGCAGGUAUGUUUGGGUCUACCACCGCUACCUCUGCACCUUCAACCGGUCUGUUCGGGACUGCGGUAUCUACAACCCAACAGCCUGCCUCUGGGAUAUCGCUGUUCGGUAACGCAACGACCGGACAACAGCCUGCGGCCGCCGCUGCACCCACCACCCAACAACAAACCGACGCCCCUCCCACACAGACGCGAGAUGCCGCAUACUUUAGCAGUUUACUGGAGAGACAGAAGAAGAAACCGAGGUUAAAGACGGAGGGUAAUGCUGCCAUGGGUCAGCUGUCCGGACUCAAUAUGGAUCUGGGAGAUCUUGCUCGACGUGCACAAGAAAUGAGGCAGCGUGGCUCAAGGCAAGCAGACACACUCGCUGAGAGUCGGGCUCAUUACCUGCUUGCUGGCUCUGGAAUCGCUCCGGGACAAGCAUACAGGGAUUUUCAAGCUUUGGGUCCCGAUGAGACUCUGUCAGCCUCGCGAAACGUUGCACCAAGUUUCGCUGAGGAAUCAAGUGCCUAUCUUAGAGAUGUUCGUGUCAAGGGACGUGAUGCAAUGCUAAGGGAAAGCAUGGAUAGAGUGUAUCGAGAAGUUGACAGUUUUAUUGAGGAAAGUCUUGGUGUCGACUUCGAAGAGCAGAAGAUGAGGAUAAUGCAGCACUUCGGCCUCGCACUUCCCGAUGCUGGUGGCGACGGUACAGAGUCUAGAGGAGGCGGGUUCGGCAGGUCUGCUAAAGGAGAGAAGACUGGAUCUGCUGGGGCCUCAAAAACUGUGAGAAGUGUUUUUGGACGGACAGCGAUUGACAAAUCUAUCAUCGGCACUCCUGGUUUUGGCGCUGGCACAACAUCCUUCUUUAAGAGCGAUGGGCCUGUUUCUGCCGCUCCUGGCCUGGCAAGGGGUCAAAACUUACGCGAUCUACGAGAAAAGGAAAGAUCAUUCAUUGAAAAAGUCCAACAGCUUAACAAUGCACGAUUACAAGACCAAGAUUACCCAAUUUUGCAGAAAUUUGCUGAAGCAGAGAGCGAAAAUCCUGGAGACAGUCCUCGACAGCUGAUUGAUGCUUACCAUGCACUGCGCGAAAUCACCAGAGAAGGGAAGACGCCCCUGAAAGAGCGACAAUUUAUGGGGGCUUAUCUCGACGAAAAUGAAGAUGCCAAGUAUCUGAAGCUGAAGAAACAAGCUUUGGAAGGUUCCCGCAGUUAUCUCGAAAAAGCAUUCUGGCGUGACUUGAGAUCGCUCGUUGACAAAAAUCCCCGCGAAGCCGCAUUGGGUGGUCAGCCAUCUGUGUUGAACAUUAUUCGGGCUUACAUUCGGAUACGCGCUGUUCGCCGAGAUCUAGUCCCUGAUGGAGCAGAACUGCAACAGGUCGGAGGCGAAAACGGCGACUAUUGUUGGGUUCUCAUUUUCUAUCUGUUGAGAAGUGGUUGUGUAAAGGAAGCAGCAGAUUAUGUGAAGAAUGACCCUGCUUUCCAGUCCAUGGAUCGACGAGUCAUCUCAUACGUGACAGCUUACGCCGAUAGUCCAGACCGACGGUUGCCCAAGGGAGUACAGAACAUGAUCGAUAACGAAUACCAGAAAUUGACCAAGCUGGCUCCAAGGAAUACGGUUGAUCCGUACAAAGUUGCGUGUUAUAAAGUCAUCGGCCGUUGCGACUUGACGGCGAGAAACUUGGAAGCCAUUGGUCAAGGCGUCGAGGAUUGGUUGUGGCUGCAGUUCAGCCUUGCCCGGGAGACAGGUCGAAGUGAAGAGUUGGCUGGAGAAAUAUUUGGGUUGGAUCAAAUCCGGGAGACUGUGACCGAGAUUGGUCAGAAACAUUUCCAGAAGACACAAGUCGAAGGCUCAAGUGCGUACGGAACAUUCCUGCUCAUGCAAGUCCUCGCCGGUAUGUUUGAGCAAGCAGUGGAGUACCUGCACCAUUUCAAUCCUACCAGUGCGGUUCAUCUUGCCAUCGCCCUUGCAUAUUAUGGCCUGCUCAGAGUCUCGGACUUUUCCAUUGCGGGCAAUGAGCUUUUGACAUAUUCGACCACACAAUUGCCACAGAUCAACUUUGUACCUCUUGUGGCCUAUUACACUGGUACAUUCCGAACCGCCUUGCCGAUUGCCGCUGUCGACUACCUUUCUUUACUGUGUCUGAACUCCGACCUCAAGCCUGCAAGUCUAGGAAUGAUUCAUACCAACGCUUGCCACGAGUGCUUACGAGAAUUAUGCCUCGAGACUCGGGAAUUUGCCAAACUGCUUGGCGAUAUUCGAAGCGAUGGAACGAGGAUCCCAGGGGCGAUCGAGUUGCGUGCAAAAUUGAUCCAUCUUGAUUCCCGCGAGGAGUUUUUGCGAUCGAUCACUAGUCAAUCUGCAGCAAUUGCAGACCAGCGCGGACAGAUAUCUGACGCGGUAUUGCUAUAUCACUUGUGCGAGGACUACGACAACGUUGUCACAGUGCUCAACCGGGCGCUCGCCGAUGCGGUGUCUUUGGAUCUUGGAGAGUCGCCCAUACAGUUGCAGCCACUCAAACCACGAAGAGCCGACGGACAGAGUGAAUCAGCCGCCAGCACACAAGGCAAUGGGCCUCAAUCAUCCUUGUCGCUGACCCAAUCUACAUCGUCUCCGGUGGAGCUCGCUCGCAACAUGAUUUCUCUCUACAACGACAAUGCGCUCUAUUACAACAAGAUAUCAGCGAGCAACCGAGAUGUGUGCGGAGUGCUUCUUCGGCUGUUGUCAGUCAGAGCCAAUCUCGAAGCGCAGCCACCCCGAUUCAUGACCGCGCUGGAGGAGCUCAAUGAUCUUAAUAUCUUGCCACUGCGGGCUAAUGGCAAGAUCGCAGAGAUUCGCGCUACAGCUGAUUCUUUUGCUCAACUGCCACAAGUGCUUGCCCGGUGUGCUGGAAUUAGUGUGGUGUGGGCAGUGCGAGCCAUAGGAGGGGAGAGGGAGAACAUCCUAAGAAACGGUAGAUGGGAAGCCGGUUACAGCGGUGAUACGGAUGGGAUGAAAGAUCAACUGAGUGACAUGGCCAAGGAUCUGAUGGUGUUUGCUGGGCUGGUCAAGUACAAGCUGCCGGGCCGAGUCUAUGAUAUGUUGACCCGAGCCGGCGGAGAUGUCGGGGCAUAUUGAAGAGACGGACAUGGGUCAUGAGCUCCAUAGAUAUGUCCCUAGGAGAAUAAAAAUGGUGCCUGGCAUGCAGUAACUAGUUGAGAGAUUUCUGCAUGAAUCCUAGUCGUGUUGCAACCCGAUAACGGCGGGUGUAGAGUGGAACAGACAAAGCAGAUGGCUAACGGUGACAAGGCCGCAGCGCAGUGAAAUACAGUAGAUGUACAAUACACUUCGGUAUAGGCAA